ACAGUGUAUCAUACACAUACUGUGCACCAUACAUGUGUGAAAUUAUAACCUAUUUAAUGUCUUUUAUUUUACAGAAUUGUAGCUGUUUCAUGCACCAGUGGAGGAUGUCUUGUGAGCAAGGAGUAUGGACCAUUUGUCACUCUUGCAGUGCCAGACGAGGAAGAUAAUCUGCCUAUGAUUAUUGGUAUAGUGGUUGCUGUGGUUGUGGUGGUUGUUAUCGGUGCAGUGAUUGGUUUUAUACUGUUAAGGAGGAGGAAUAGUGGACCUGGCAAAAUGAAACCUGCAUCUGAGAGUGAUGAUGAUGACCUCACGACAAUUGACCCUGCAGUUACUAAAAUUCAGAGGAAAAGACCUAUCCUGUUGAAUGAGAUAGAAGAAUAUGUAAAAAAGAUGCACAAAGACAGCGACCGGCUCUUCUUGGCUGAAUUUGAGGAUUUGAAAACGCUGAGUCCGAAGCAUGCAUGUGAGGCAGCUGACAGGGAGGAGAACAGAAUGAGAAACAGAUACACCAAUAUCAUACCGUUUGACCAUACAAGAGUGAAGUUAAGUACAAAUGGAGAGGACGACAGUUCUGACUACAUCAAUGCCAACUACCUUCCUGAUUUGAAAAUGCUGAGUCCGAAGCAUGCAUGUGAGGCAGCUGACAGGGAGGAGAACAGAAUGAGAAACAGAUACAUCAAUAUCAUACCGUUUGACCAUACAAGAGUGAUGUUAAGUACAAAUGGAGAGAACGACAGUUCUGACUACAUCAAUGCCAACUACCUUCCUGAUUUGAAAAUGCUGCGUCCGAAGCAUGCAUGUGAGGCAGCUGACAGGGAGGAGAACAGAAUGAGAAACAGAUACAUCAAUGUCAUACCGUUUGACCAUACAAGAGUGAAGUUAAGUACAAAUGGAGAGGAUGAUAGUUCUGACUACAUCAAUGCCAACUAUCUUCCUGGGUACAGUUCACCUCGGGAAUAUAUUGGUUGUCAAGGCCCUAUCCCAGGAACGAUUGAUGAUUUCUGGAGAAUGAUAUGGGAACAGAAUGUGUCUGUGGUUGUCAUGUUAACACUAUGCAAGGAGGGACAGAAGAUAAAGUGUGAGCAGUACUGGCCGGAUGAAGUGGGAGAGUCAAAGCAAUAUGGAGAUAUCAUUGUUGAGAUAACAUCAUACUCCAAUAUCCGUACAUACGACUACAGAAUGUUCAAGAUCACCAAUGGCAGUACAACCCGUGUAGUGAAGCACUUCCAUUUCCUGAGCUGGCUAGAUUACCAGGCCAAUGUUCACCAUGACAUUAUUCUAGAUUUCAUCGAGCAUGUGAGACAACAUGUCCAGCCUCCUGACACCUCUGGACCUAUGAUAAUACAUUGCAGUGCUGGUGUUGGUCGUACAGGAACGUACAUCGCGUUGGAUCACCUGAUGCAGUUCAUUAACGAACAUGACUUUGAGGUCGAAAUCGACAUAUUUGAUUUGGUCCUCAAACUGAGGGAGAACAGACAACACAUGGUGCAAACAGAGCAACAGUAUGUGUUUAUCCAUGAUUGUGUGAAGGAGAUUAUGGACAGAAAGAGAAGGCAGAUGGAAAAUAUCUAUGAAAACCAAGCAUUCUCAGCACAAGAUGAAAACAUCUACCAGAACGAGCAAAGUCUCUAUGAAAACGUUUCACAGGCAAAGAGCGAACAGAAUACAGAACUGUAGUGAGAGAUAUGCUGUAGAUAUUAUUAGGGUAUGGAACAGCUGGAAGAGAUCAGCUGUAAAUGACUUUAUUGUUUAUCAGUGUUUAUAGACAGAGAAAUUAUAAAUUCAGAAAAUUAAGCAGUGGAUGAAUGGUCUCAUGUUUAAUUUUAGAAUUCUCAAAAUAAUUCAUAUUAGACAGUUAAUUUAACUAGAAAUACUCUAAAUGAUUUAAGAAUAUCUAACAUCUGUUACAGUUGCUGUCUGAAGUUGAUGCAUUAGAUGGGACAAAUAAGAUAAUGUGUUUGCAUUUGAUGACAAUGAAUCACCCUCAAAAUGCCUUAGCCAAAAGAUCUUAUUCCAAAUGAACCAAAAAAAUAGUGUGUCUUUAAUAUAUUACUGUAUGUUUAUCAUUGAAGGUAAUUCACAUAUUCUUAUUUGUCCCAGUCUUACAAAAAUGAUAUAUGCUUUGAGAAUCAUUAUGAGAUCUACAGCGACUCUUUAACUAUGCAAACAAAUGGCUUAUAUAUAUAUUUUUUACUUUGUAUUUAUUUGUAUUUACUUGAUUGUUAAUUGUGUUAUUGAUAAUGAUACUAUGCAACUCUGUAUAUAAUUUAUUGAACAUCGUGUUGAUCUUAUGUAACACAGCCUCUAUUCAUCAAUGUCAAAAAGUCUGGGCUUCUUGUGCUUCUUGUUGAUUUUGACUGUACAUUCGAAACCCUUUAUAACGCUACUGGUCAGGUGCCUAAAUCCGGACACUUUUGGUGGUUUUAUGACGAUAACUUUGCAUUCCAAAACUACACUUGCAUCACAAUUCAAAUGUAUAAUUUUAGGUUCUUUAUAAAUCUCUAUGCAAAACAAGAAAGCCGUAUAUUGCUGAUUUCAUCAUAGAAAAAGUCAUCCGAAGUGGGCCAGUAAAAGCUGUCAAAAUCAACCUUCAGAGUGCUUAAAUAUUUGGACACUAUUUCGGUAUGAAAUGCAACGAAUCUGUGAACCAACAAAAUAACAAUUAACACGACUUUGUUUGAAAUAAAGCAGUCAGAUUCAAUCCUGUAAAUGUAGACAAACAUCUCCGUUCGAUUGAAGUUUUAUUACCUGUUAAUCACAAUUGUGGACUAGUUUCUAAUUUAAUGUGUAACUGCCAAAUAUAACAAUGAUAUAAUACUCAAUAAAAUCUAUCUUAGCGAAAAUUAAUGUUUUACAACUUUUCUCACCUACAUGCAGAUUCUGUUGCUGUCGUUAUACUUUUUGACGCAACUAUGCACUAUAAUGACGCCGCGUCGACUUUAUUUUAUGAAUUGCUUCCCCUGUCUGCAAAAUGCUGGCAUUUUCUUCUCUAUUGAACUAAUUAUUAUAAAACAGAAAUCGGUUAAAUUUCUUAAAUAAAUACAGAGGGUAGUGCAGAAUUGUAAAACAUGUUUUUACGUCAGUUUUGAUCAACUAAGAAAAAGAGUCGUCUGAAACAGGCAGAAUUGUUUUCUCAUUAAAUUAGUACCUCGCCGCACCUCAAAUAACUGGCGUGCGCUGUAUGACGUCAUCCCCCACGACACACGAUUUUUACUUUUAGCGGUGCGGAAUUUUGAAGGUAAUUUUCUCUAUAAAUACUUACAUUCACACACUGUUGUUAACAACUGGUCAUCAAAGCGUUCGUCUGCGUCGAUCAUGUUCAUUUCAGUAAAAAUCAUGUUUGUAAAGCAUUUUUUUAAAGGUGUCCGAAUUAUUAAGCACCGUCCGGAUUAAGGCACUGGACCAGUAAUUGUGUAAGAUUACAAUGUGUAACAUAGUUUUAUCAUCAUUGUUUGAGAAUGUCCAAGUUGUAAAAUAUUCUUUUUCUGAAAAACAGUCUUAUUAAGUUAUAAUAACAAACAUAUCAUAGAAAUAGAAAAAUAGAAUUCAUAGAUAUAGUAUAUAUUUAUACAUUUUAAUACUAGAAGACUUAGUAUAGUAUAUUGGAUUGAGUGCCUUUCUGUAGCUGUUCUUUGUCUUGUUUUUUUUUCUAUUUCUGACUUUGAGAACAUUGUUAUCUUGUCUAUGAUAUUAAAAUUAAGCUACAUGACAUGAUAUUUACAUAAUCCUUUAAUGUGUAAGAUACAGUACUUAAGAAUUGUUAUUUUUGAAGUGGC